AUGGGCGCUUCCGAAAAGACAUCUCUAUGGCACUCCUUCUCAUCCAACCAUCGCAAAGAGCGCAAAGCAGGGACAACCACCACAACAAGAACCACAAUGACUUUACCAACGCAUUUUCCAUCAUGGUCCCGAGGCCGCAACAAUAGCUCCAUUACAUCAAAUAUCCUAAGAAAGCAAUCAUCAGAUCUUCCACCACCUUACGAAGAAGCAGCAAUCCCAACAAUCAAAAUCAGCGCCCCGGAAGAACCAGAAUCUGAUUCCCAGUACGCCUUUCUCGGCGAAUUCCACACCAUAUUCCUGGUAGACGACAGCUCAAGCAUGAGAGGCGAACUUUGGGAAGAAGCCAAAGAAGCCAUCGCAGCGAUCGCCCCAGUCUGCACAAAAUAUGAUAGCGAGGGAAUCGACAUCUACUUCAUCAACCACCGACCAAAGCACAACACCAACUCCAACUCAAGCUCCAGCUCCAGUUCCAACUACAACUACACCCACACCUACAGCCCCAGCCCCAGCCAACGCCCAAAGCUAGAUGCCGGCGGAUACCACAACAUCAGAACCGCGCAACGAGUAAGCGAGAUCUUCGCCUCUGUCAGACCCUCUGGCGGAACAGGGGUCGGCGGUCGACUGCAUGAUAUCCUGGACCCGUACACGAAGCUGGUGGAAGCGAAGGAGGCAGAGAGGCGAGCACAGAAGGACGCAUCUGGCUCGGGCUUUUUGGUCAAGCCGGAUAAGCUGGUUAAGCCAAUUAAUAUCAUCACCAUAACCGAUGGGGUGUUUACGGAUGAUGCGGAGAGCAUUAUCAUUAAGACAGCUCAGAUGCUGGAUGGGCCUUCUUGUCGUGCUAUUCCGUGGCAAGUUGGGAUUCAGUUCUUUCAGAUUGGGAAUGAUGAGAUGGCUCGGCAGUACUUGGAGGAAUUGGAUGAAGAUCUUGGGAGUCGGUGUAAUAACUUGCAUAUGAGGGAUAUUGUUGAUACCGUUUCUUGGAGGAAUCGGGCUGGGAAGCGGUUGGAGGGGGAUGGGAUUUUGAAGACUGUGCUUGGGGCUGUUCAUAAGAGGUUGGAUAGGAAGAAGGUUGGAUAG